AUGCUGAGCGCUUUGCGAACCAGCGCGCGCAAGGCGCCGGCCCUGGCGCGCCUGGGCGUGCGCAACUUUGGGCACGACCCCGCGCACGCCGCGGCCGAGACUGACAAGUGGAAGAAGAUCUCGUAUGUCGCCAUUCCAUGCGUGGUCGGUUACACGUGCUUCGUCAUGGCCACAAUGAAGCACGGCCACCACGAGGAGGGUCAGUGCCUUCCCUGGACCAACUACACCAGGUCCGCCUGCGCUGCAAAAGCGAACGACGCAGGCAAGGAGUACUUUAGCAGCGACCUGUCGGAGGGCGCGGGUCCUGACGCGGAGGGCUCGUGCUGCCCUCGCUACUCUAGCGGGACCAUCGCGGGCUACACGAGCCGGUUCGACAAGCCCAACGACGGCAAGUGCUGCGACUAUGCGAGUAACAACGACACGGUCUGCGGGUUUGAGGUGCGCGGCACUACCUGCACCCACUACAGCGGCACGGGUUGCACGCUCGCGUCCCGCCGUCGCCUCGCUGAAGAGGAGGAGGAGCCUCCCGACUCGACGCACCUCAGGAUAGCGCCGCCGUCCUCGCCGCCGUCGCUGCCGCCCUCUGUGCCGCCGCCAGCUGCUCCGCCGCCGUCAGUGCCCCCGCCAGAGCCGCCCCCGCCCCCUCAGCCGAUGGCCCCGUCACCCUCGCCCCCUCUACCGACGCCCCCGCGGCACCCGCCGCCCCCACCGCCCUCGCUGCCUCCGCCCGACGCGCCCCCGGCGGCGAGCAAGCAAACCACCGGCGGCUUCCUCAGCUCGACGGUCGGCUACGUCAGCCUCGCCGCCGCCGGCACCGUCGCCCUUCUCCUCGUCGCCGCCGUCGUCUACUGCCGCAUCAAGCGCAAGUGCUGCUUCGGUAGCGGCGGGGGCGCGUGUGUCUGCCCGUCGCUCCCGAAGCGCGGCAGCCGGAACGGAUCGCGGGCGGAGCCGGCGAGGGCACGCGGCGGGCUCGGCGGGCGCGGCGGGCGCGGCGGGCCGGAGGGCCGCCCGAAGCGGCGCUUUGGCCGCAAGAGCCAGGCCCCGCAGGACGUGGGCACUGGCGGCUCCGAGAGCUCUUGCGACCACAGCGAGCACGUCGGCGCGCUGGGCUCGCGGCGGGCGAUGGCGAGUCAGCUCGCCGAGAUGCUCAACUGCGACCUGGGGCAGGCGGAGGAGGCGAUCGAGGCUGCUGGCGGCGACGCGAACGAGGCGACCGAGCUCAUCCUUGGCGAGGGCAUCAUCCCGCCCGCAGGCCCCGCCACGGACGCCACGUCCAGCUGCUCGUCCACCACAAUCUCGUCGUCCGCCGCGGUGUCCUUCGCCGCCAAUUUCGACUCGGCGGGCGGCGGCGGGUUCGACGACGCGGGCUUCGAGGCCUCCUUUCCCGCGGCGGAGGCGGCGCCCCCGCCCCCGACCGACGCGGAGCGGCAGGCGUACGGCAGCGUGUUCGAGCAGGCCGCGUGCGGCCGCCCGACGGUGAGACGCGCCGAGGCGGAGCCGGUGCUUGCAAAGGCGCAAACGUCGGGCGAGGACGUCGAGCGCAUCUGGUCCCUUUGCGUGGCGGCGCGCGGCCCCAGCUCCGACUCCCCGCCGCCCGACGAGCUCACGGCCGCAGAGUUUGGUGCCGCGCUCCACCUCGCCGCCGCGCUGUUCCGCGGGCUGCUCCCGGGGGGGCUGCCGAGCCGCAUGCCUCCCGGCCUGCUGCCGCCUGCGCCGCAGGAGGCGCCCUCUCAUGAGGCGACGGCGUUCGCAGCGUUUGACGGCGAUGUGGAGCCGGGCGGCUUUGGCGGGGGAGGCUUUGGUGGGGAGGGCUUUGAUGGUGGGGGCGGUGGCUUCUGCGACGGAGGCUUCGCGACCGCGCCGGACGGCUUCGCGACCGCGGCGACCGCGCCGGACGGCUUCGCGACCGCGCCGGACGGCUUCGCGACCGCGGCGACCGCGCCGGACGGCUUCGCGACCGCGCCGGACGGCUUCGCGACCGCGGCGACCGCGCCGGACGGCUUCGGCGGCGGAAGCGGCUUCGACGCGACUGGCUUCGACGCGAGUGCGAAAGAUGGCUUUGGCGACGGAGGCUUCGACGCGGCCGCGCCGGACGGCCUCGACGCGGCCCGCUUCGACGCAGCUGAGGCUGUUGGAGGUGACGCAGAGCCGCCCGCAAAGGCAGCCGACCGCAAAGGCGACGCAGAGGCGGCGGGCGGCGGAUUCGAGGCGGGCGAGUGGGGCGGAGAGCCGAUCUCGAGUCCGCCUCUCACCUCCAACAGCCUCGCCACGCGCGCCGCGCGCGGGUUCGGCCCCGACUCCGAGUCCGACUCCCCUUUCGACCCGCCUUCGCGAGCCGGCGGCGCCGCCUCCGACUUCGACUCUCCCGGCCUAUCGAGGGUGGUGGCGGCGGAGCCGCCGCCGCCGGCCCGGGAAGACGCCGCCGAGGCGGAUUGGUGGGAGUCGGAGCGUCAGUCCGCGAGCCGCGCGGCGGCGAGCGAUAGCGGCGACGAGUGGUGGCAGAACGGCGCCGACGGCCGCGCCGAGGCGGCGGGUGAUGAGAGCGGCGAGGAUUGGUGGAGCGGCGAGGCGUCGGAGGGGGGCGUGGCUCACGUGACGCCGACCGCUCCUCCCGUCUACCUCGGAAGGGUCCCGCCCACCCACCCGGCGCUGCAGCGGGCGCGCUCGUCUGGCGGGAGGAUGCCCCUAGGGAUGCCCGUGCCGGCGGUGCAGGAGGAUGAUCCGCAGUCGGUGCCGCCCGCCUCUCCGUCCGACUCGGCAGAGGAUGGUGACCUGGACUGGCUGGGCGUCUGACUUGGCGCCUGGCCUCUGACGGAGGGUGGCUCUUCAGUGAUACUCAAAUGUAGUCAUGUACGUGUCGUCCAUGUGUUAAAUUGGCGGACACCCCCCAGCUAUACGUGUUUGGUACGCUGAUACCUGAUUCGCGCUGUGUUAC